UAAACACUAGGAGAAAGGAAGAUAAAUAUAGACAAAACGAUCCCAAAUAACUGAGUCCUCAGGGAUUUUACGAAGCAUGUGCCAAAAGAUGAUUGGCUCAUACAAGCUUAUAGCAAAGACGCUGGACACUAGUUCAAAAAUGAAGCUACCGAUUAUACAAACUAUUUAUUGCCUUAUAGCGGCUGUACGGACCUCACUGAAGGCAGCUGAAAUGUCCAGAAUCUCUUCGCAACAUUGUAGAGUUAGUGCUAGAAAUUCAAUCGGCCUAUAUUGUUUCAGUAUAUACAUAGUGAAUAUUGAGAACGGCUUAUGUUCAUUGAAGUUUUCAAAUCGACAAGAUUUGAAGGUCACGCGGACAACUGCUUUUGGGCUAAAACGAUAAUGUUGGUGUCGGUGUAUUCGCAAUACAGUUCAUAAAAGAUGAUUAUAAAGUCUUUUUCCAUGCAAAAAAAGUCUCUCAUCUUUCUCGUGGCGGCUUGUGUCACAUUAUAUCUAUUAUUAAGCAGUCGCUUAGGAUUAACCCCUAUGAUUUACAACCAUCCGAUACCAGAUUACUCACUUACAGAUGACCGUGCUUCUCGUAUUCAUCAGCACCGUAUUCAUCUGUAUCGACCGGAAAACAGUUCGAGCACCAUCAACACGUUUGUAUAUAUCCCAACAGAAUUUAACGAAAAUGAAGCCUAUAUAUCGGACUUAUUACGUCAUAAUGGCUAUGUUGCUGCUAUCCUCUCUGAAGAGUUUGCUGUUGAAACAUUGUUUCAAAGUCCGACUUUUUCCUGUACAUGUGGCCGUGUAAGUGAUCCUUGCGUCUGUUGUGGUAUUUUACAGCCCCAGGUUUCUGGUAAGAAUAAUCUUUCUCCAGAUUUAUAUCAACCUAUUUUGUUGACAUCUGACAAUACUAAGGCAGCUCAACUCUGUAUGAAUACCACUUAUCUUCCAAAUAAAAAGCAAAUAAAAACUUCUGCAGUCUUUGUAAACCUGACUUCAAGCUACGGCGAUUUUUCCGGAAAAUUAGAUUCAGUCAUUGAAAAAUCUGACAAAAAUGUUAUGAAAUUCACAUAUUUGUCAACUGUUUUCGAUACAGUUUUCUUGCCAUCGUCUCCUUUGCCGGUAAUAUGCUCUGGUCGUUCAAAAAAUAACUAUGUUGUUGACUUGUGUGUAAAUUUCACUACUCUUGAGUACAAGUUUGAUUCAGACUCUGACCAUAAAACUGUCUUCCAUGCCUGUGCAUUCAUUCAAGUUGUGUUAAACAGAAUGUUCGUCAUUGCUAGAUAUCCCAAGUUUUGUUUCGACGCCCACCGGGGGGCUGCUGGUGAUGCAGAUCAGGCUAGUAACAAUAAAAUGUUCAAUAUGGAUGUACUUAUAAAUCCAUCAAAUCCUAGUGCUGACUAUUCUUUAGCUAGCAGUGAGUCAGAAAACACCUCUUACGUUAAAUCCUCGAACUAUUCAAAAUCUCCCAAUACAAAAAUUUUGGGUUCAUCAUUCCAGGUAGUAAACAGUGAAAAUAAAAAUCCCAAAUCGCCUUUACAGAAUUCCCAUGAGUUACAUCGUGGUAUACCCUGAUAUUAAACGAUUAAUGCUCAUAACUUGCUUAUAGUUUACAUUCAUUUAUACCUUGAUUAAUUGGUUGAUUUACUGUAAUCAAGUUUCCUCCAUAGAUUAUUUUGCUUUCAAACUCUGCUUGUCGCAAACUGUAUUCAUUGUUUACGCAUUUAAAAUAACUAUCUCAUAAACUUUUUUGACAUAUG